ACACGUUUGACGUCAUCGUGGGAGGGUGCCAUUGGGAGAAAUGAACGGUCAACACAAUCCUCUCAGCACCCAUCAAACCCUGAGCUUUGAGUCAGAAGAGGAGAGGCUGGACGAAUGACAAGCAUGACUUUGAGUCAUUCUGCAGAUGCAUGUACGCUGGCAGGGCCCAUCUGAGCACCAACCCCCAAGCCUCCCGGCUUUGAACCCACUCUCCCCGAGAAGGGGGUGUGGUGGCGGGGCGUAGCUAAACCCCCGCACCCCCGAGUUGAACUCACCCCCGCGAACCUGGCGCCCUCUGAUGGAUCAGGCUUGUAGUGAGCAGAGCCCAGAGGAGCCGGACGCUGGCGGCCGACCGGAGCUGGAGGGUGGUAGGAGGGCGUCCGAGUCCAUGUCCAAAAUUACCCACAAUGCCCUGGAGAACAUGGGGGCCCUGGGCCACGGUCUGAAGCAGCUCUUCCAACCCCAGCGCCGCCGCUCUUCAGUCUCGCCACACGAUGCCACAGCCUCCUUCUACUCCACCGGUGCCCCGCCCCCUGAGCCCCCCGAGGGGGGGCCAGAGGUCGGGGACGCCCCCGUCCCCCCGGCCGGCCUUCCGGACUCUGACCCCCACGCUGCUUCCGCCCCCCCCGCAGCUCUGAGUCGCGUCCUGCAGCAGAUCAGAGGCGCGCCCCCCAUAAUGAAGCGAGGAACCAGCCUGCAGAGCCGGCGCGGCAAGGCGGGGGGAACCGGGGACCCCCCCCAGAAAGGUAGCCCCCAGAUCCACCGGCGCAGCACCCAGGAGGCCCUGCUGCUGCAGGUUGGGCGGCCGCGCUCCUCCUCCACCACGGACACGCCCAGCAGCCCUGCCAUCACUGACAGCCUGAUGCUGCUGACCUCUGGGUACCACUCCACGGAGGAGCAGGACAGGUUGGACCGUGCCGAUGGCUCCGGCCCUGCCGUGUCGCCCAACGCCCUCUCCUACGCCCCGGACAGCUACGACGCAGUGGACAAUACCCCGGACCCCCAGCGCACCAAGCAGGCCAUCGCCCAGCUGCAGCAGAAGAUCCUCAAACUCACAGAACAGAUCAAGAUCGAGCAGACGGCCCGCGACGACAACGUGGCCGAGUACCUGAAGCUGGCCAAUAACGCGGACAAGCAGCAGAGCGCUCGCAUCAAGCAGGUGUUUGAGAAGAAGAACCAGAAGUCGGCGCAGACCAUCCAGCACCUGCAGAGGAAGCUGGAGCACUACCACAGGAAGCUCCGGGAGGUGGAACACAACGGGAUCCCGCGCCAGCCCAAAGAUGUAUUCCGGGACAUGCACCAGGGCCUCAAAGACGUGGGGGCAAAGUGUCUCCCACAAAACUGCCCACUCGACCCACUGCACUCCCUCCUCCCCGCUCCCCUGCUGAAGCCCCAAGCACAGAAAGUUAGAUCUGGCGCAGUGACAGGAGGACUUUCCAGCUUCUCCCACGCCACCCACUCUGCAGCGGGAGCUGUGGUGUCCAAGCCCAGGGAGAUCGCCUCCCUCAUCCGCAACAAGUUCGGAAGCGCAGACAACAUCGCCGGCCUCAAGGACUCCCUUGACGAACCCCAGGGCGAGGAUGGGGUCGGGGGCAGCGGCCCCAGGACCCUGGGGGGGGGUGGACAGAUGCAGUCCAGCCCCAAAUACGGCAGCGAGGACGAAUGCUCCAGUGCAACCUCUGGCUCAGCAGGGGGCAACAGUAUAACGGGGGCCCCCGGGGGCCCCCCCAGCUCCAAAGGCAACACUCUGGAGCACGGACAGAUGUCGGGCUUCGACACGCUUCUCCACGAGGUCCAGGAGCUCCGGGAAAACCAGGGUCGUCUGGAAGAGUCCCUGGACAACCUGAAGGGUCAUUACCAAAGGGACUAUACCAUGAUCAUGCAGGCCCUGCAAGAGGAGAGGUACAGGUGCGAACGUCUAGAGGAGCAACUUAACGACUUAACUGAGCUGCACCAGAACGAGAUCUUGAACCUGAAGCAGGAACUGGCCAGCAUGGAGGAAAAAAUAGCCUAUCAGUCUUACGAGCGUGCGAGAGACAUUCAGGAGGCGCUGGAGGCGUGCCAGACGCGCAUCUCCAAGAUGGAGCUGCAGCAGCAGCAGCAGCAGGUGGUGCAGCUGGAGGGGCUGGAGAACGCCACGGCCCGCACCCUGCUGGGGAAGCUCAUCAACGUGCUGCUGGCCCUCAUGGCCGUGCUGCUGGUCUUCGUCUCCACCGUGGCCAACUGCGUCGUCCCCCUGAUGAAGACCCGCAGCCGCACGCUGUCCACCCUGCUCCUGGUGGUCCUCCUGGCGUUCCUGUGGAGGAACUGGGAGGCCAUCUCUCAGUACCUGGCCCGCUUCCUGCUGCACCCCAGAUGACCUGCAGGGGGCGACGGUGUGUGGGACCCGCCAAAGGACUAGAGGAGGGCGGUGGGAGUGAGGUGAAGAGGGGACUGGGGAUGUGCAUCUUAGCGUUACUUUGAUGCUUGGCGUUCUCUCCAGUCUUUCUUUGAAGGCAUGGCCGGAGGUCUGCUUUGGCUUCCCACAAUGCAUUUGGUGAAAGAAGCGUGGAGGGAGGACCCUGAGGCAUCGAGAAUCUGAAGAUUUCACCCACAGCCUCUGGUGCACGAGCAAAGCUGAAGAGAUGAGAGAACUGCACACUUUAUUUCUCUCUAUUAAGAGUGAAUUUGUUUACACUGAUGAUUUGUGUUGUUGAAUCACACACACACACCCCACCCCAACCACCCCUCCUCAUUGGAGAAAGUUUUAAUACAGAGUUUUAUCAUUUAGGUAUGAUUCAAGUGGUACUGACAAAUUUUAUGGCUGGUUUUACUGCAGUGGAUCAAUCAAUGGCACUCUCCUGUUUCAUUGUUGGAGGUUAUGACUCGGUAUUCUGCUCAUUCUUAUCCUCUGUUCUUUUAUGUCUGUCUCACCUCUUAACAUUUUUCACUUCCUUCUCUUUUCUUUUAAUCUGUUCGCUCAUCCGUGUUUGUUGCUCUCUUUCGACCUCCCAAAUCUCUGCCCAUUUAACAAAAUCUGCCAAUGUCACCAAAUCUUCUCUCUUCCUGCUAAAUACUGAAGUGAAGAAUGAGGGGGCGGGCUGCAGAGUAAUGUGUUCAUUGUCGGACCAAGCAAGUGUUGGGUUCUUGGCUUGUUUCUGUUGGAUGAACCCCGUUUGCAACACUGGAUCGGAUUGGACCAGGAUGAUCUGAACAGCUUAGUUAUGGUGGUUCGUACCUGCCUGGCCCCCUAGUCGACUGGCCUCUUAGGCUCUGUCGGCUGUUCCCCUGAUGACGAAUCAAAAAGCGAAUCUAUGAACUAAAUGAACAUACUUGAAGAGCUGUAAAAAUGCUCAAAAGACUCAGUGCUUCCGUACUGUUUCCCUUAGCGCUAAUGAAAUGGUAACUUUUUAGUUUAUUUUUUAAGAUGAUUAAACAUGCCGUUUUAAAAAUGAAA